AUGAACAGAAAGUUGACAAGACCAGUCUCAGAUCAGGAAAUCAGUCAGGCAGUGAAUUCCAUGCAUCCAAACAAGUCUCCUAGACCAGAUGAAGGUUUGUCUGCUAUACUAAGGAGAGCUAAUAGACAGGGUAGCAUGUAUGGAAUAAAGAUUGCUAAUGAAGCUCCUAGUUUGUCUCACCUCUUAUUUACAGAUGAUUUGCUAAUUUUCUGUAGAGCUAAGGUGGGUGAGGCUGUGCAGCUGAUGAAGGUUCUGGAAGACUAUGGAAGAGCAUCAGAACAGCUGAUAAACAAGGAUAAGUCCUCUAUCUUUUUUAGUAAAAAUGUCAAAGGAAGGAAAAAUGAAGAGGUACUUAAAGAGCUGGAAGGUAUGAGAGAGGUCCAUCAGAGCAAAUACUUAAGAUUUCCUAUGAUCAUAAGAAGAUCAAAGAGACAGGUAUUUGAGUUCAUUAGGCAGAAAACAGUAAAAAAAACUUGGAGGUUGGAAGGAAAAACUCCUGAGCCAAGCAGGCAAGGAGAUUCUAUUGAAGUCUGUCAUCCUAGCUCUUCCAGCACAUGUUAUGUCUUGCUACAAGGUACCAAAGACAUUGUGUAA